AUGGCUAGAAGCUCCGUUCCGUGGCUUCUCGGCUUAGGAGCUCUAGUCUUCGGCAUUCUUGCCGUGUUCCUUGAGCCAUUUCGGGGUUUCCUAAUACGGAAUGCCGAGUACUACCAGAUCAAACUGCCUCUACUAGGGGAGACCGGACCGGCCAUAGUCUUUGACUCCACCGGUAACCUCACAUAUCUCGGUACACGUUCGGACGGUGUUGAGCAUUUCCAGAACAUAUUCUACGCCGAAGACGCUUCGGGCAAGAAUCGAUUUGCACCGCCGGUUCCGAUUAAGCAUGAGAAGGGGUCGUCUAUUGAUGCUACACAGUCUGGCGCAUGGUGCAUGCAGGGCACUGGUGACAUUCUUCCUUAUACGAGUCGAGUCACCAAUAUUAGCGAGAAUUGCUUGAGUUUGAGGAUUGCUCGCUCUCAAUCUGCGGCUCCUAAUGCCAAAUUACCAGUGGCAGUUUGGUUGCACGGAGGUGGGCAUGCUUUAGGGUCUGCUUCAGAUGACUUAUAUGACCCCAGUGGCCUCGUAAGGCAAGCUGCGGAAGACGGGCAGCCGAUCAUUUACGUUGGCAUCAAUUACCGCCUAGGUUUAUUCGCUUUUGCAACUAGCGAUGCAUUGGUUAAGGCGAAACACACGAACGUGGGUCUGCGCGACCAACGCGCUGCGCUUGAGUGGGUUCGUGAUAAUAUUGAACACUUCGGUGGCGACCCAAAGCGAGUGACCGCGAUCGGGCAGAGCGUUGGAGCUAGUGAUAUUGGGCUACAAUUGACAGCAUUCGGAGGAAAACAUGAUGUUCCAUUCCAGCAAGCAAUAAUGAUGUCCGGUGCCCCAGGGCUGAAUUUUAAUACCAAAUCAAGCUUAGUAGCGAAUAAUACCGCGGCUGUAGCCGAAGCAGUGGGAUGCAUCAAGAAAGGCGAUAGCCAAUCGAAAGAGACUAUCCAAUGCCUACGGGAAGUUCCCGCCGAACUAUUAGCGAAUGUUUCGGUCACGGCCUCCCGUACCGCGCGUCCACCAUUCGGCGAGGGAUUUUUCUUCCCCACGUAUGAUGGCGACUUUUUGCUCGAUCGACCUUCUCAACUGCUACGUGCUGGCAAGUUCACCAAGGGUGUGCCAAUCAUCGCUUCCUGGGUAUCGAACGAGGGCGCUUGGUAUGCUUCUCCCGCAACGUCGACCGACGAGGAAGUGCUGGCGAGCUUUGGGUUAUGGCUCACAGGUCAUUCCGAUGCCACCAAGGCUAAGCUGUUGGAAUUAUACCCAGUUGAGGACUUCGAAGGGUUAGUAAGGCCAGAUUAUGAUGGACCGAUCUCCCCACAAUACUACCGCGCCGCGCAAUUCACUAAAGACAUUUGGUUUACCUGUCCCAUCCUCGAUUUCACGUGGCAGUACGUCAAAAACGGCGGCGCGGAUGUAUCUCAAGUGCGGUUAUACGAACACAAUACCACGCGAUUCACACCAGCGCUCGAAGUGAUGGGCGUCCCAAUGUGGCGCGUCCCCCACCUAAGCGAUAUCCCAUACGUGCUAAACAACCAGCACCUCGGAGGAGGAGCGGACAAUUCAGCCCCGCAACUCGAGCUUUCUAAAUCGAUUAGUCGAGACAUUGUAAGAUACGUAAACUCUGGAAUCCCUAGCAAGGGCGAUGGUCCUACGACGUGGCCUGCAGCUUUCGCCGGCUUGUCUAAGGAGGAAUUGGAGAAAGAAUUCCCGAGCAAGAUUUCGCUCCAAUUGCUUGGGGGACCCUAUGCGAACACGGCUGUUUCUGUUAAUAGGGAUGACAAGGAGACCGCCACGACAGAUGCAGAGCAGGCUGUGCGGUGGGAGAAGAUGUUUGAAAGAUGUGAGUUCAUCAAUAGCGUGAAGAUUUUUCACAACUGUGACCCGGCUAUUGGGAUUGAUAGCUACGAUGACGAGUUUGAAUUCAGAGCGGAGAAUUCAAAUCCAGUUUGGUCACCAUGCUUCAGUGGUAAUGACGGUCACGGAGACAUUACCAAAAUGGACUUCGCAAUCAGCGCUACCACGAAAGGAAAAGUGGCCAGUUCACUGGCCUCUGACCUGUCCGUGGAUUUUGGUCUUAUCUGGGAGGACUGUUAA